AUGGCCGGGCGUGAACGGAGCGCGCGCGCAGUGGCGUCGCCGCCGCCGCCGCCGCCGCUGACCAACGAGCUGUCGCGCAGGACGCCGGUGCUGGGGCUGCGCCUGUGGGUGCUCGUCGGCCUCGCCGUCGGCGCCGCCUUCCUGCUCCUCCUCGCGCUCGUCUCCGUCCACCUCGCGGUGGCCGCGCGGCGGCGCCGUCCCAAGGGGAAGGCGGCGCCGGCGCCGCUGUCGCCCGCGACCAUCCCGCCGGUGUCCAAGGAGAUCCAGGAGGUGGCCGUCCACGUGGGCUCCCUCCGCCACUACCUCGAGAUGGGCGCCGCGUACCUCAAGGACGGCGGCGGCAAGGACGGCGGCGACUCGCUGUGCGGCAGCGUGGCGCACGGGUCGCAGCGCGUGCACAUCGAGGCCGGCAAGGACCGGCGCAUGGUGGCGGCGUGCGCGGACGCGGAGGCCGGGUCCGUGCAGUCCGACCCGGCGUCGGCGUCGUCCGUGGGGGCGGGCCCCGGGCCCGAGGUGUCGCACCUCGGGUGGGGCCACUGGUACACGCUCCGCGAGCUGGACGAGGCCACCGCCGGCUUCGCCCACGACCGCGUCGUCGGCGAGGGCGGCUACGGCAUCGUCUACCUCGGCGUCUUCGCCGACGGCCGCCAGGUCGCCGUCAAGAACCUUCUCAACAACAGGGGACAGGCGGAGAGGGAGUUCACGGUGGAGGUGGAGGCGAUCGGCCGCGUCCGCCACAAGAACCUCGUCCGGCUGCUGGGCUACUGCGUCGAGGGAGCGCACCGGAUCCUGGUGUACGAGUACGUCGACAAUGGCAACCUGGAGCAGUGGCUCCACGGCGACGUCGGGCCCGUCAGCCCGCUCUCCUGGGACGCCCGGAUGGACAUCGUGCUCGGCACGGCCAAAGGGAUCACGUACCUGCACGAGGGGCUGGAGCCCAAGGUGGUGCACAGGGACAUCAAGUCGAGCAACAUACUGCUGGACAAGCGGUGGAGCUCCAAGGUCUCCGACUUCGGCCUCGCCAAGCUCCUCGGCUCCGACAGCAACUACGUCACUACCAGGGUCAUGGGAACAUUUGGCUACGUGGCGCCGGAGUACGCGAGCACCGGCAUGCUGAACGAGAGGAGCGACGUGUACAGCUUCGGGGUGCUCAUCAUGGAGAUCAUCUCCGGCCGAUGCCCGGUCGACUACGCCAGGCCUCCCACGGAGGUGAAUCUGGUGGAGUGGCUGAAGAAGAUGGUGAGCAACAGGGACUACGAGGCUGUCCUGGACCCGAAGCUGCCGGAGAAGCCGUCGUCCAAGGCCCUGAAGAAGGCGCUCCUGGUGGCGCUGAGGUGCGUGGAUCCCGACUCGCAGAAGCGGCCCAAGAUGGGGCACGCCAUCCACAUGCUCGAGGUCGACGACUUCCCCUACCGAGAGGACCGUCGGACUCUGCGGCCGUGCCAAGGCAGUCCCCUGGAGAAAUCGAGGAAGCCGGUGACAGAAUCAGGCCACAGCAGCUGCUACGAUGGCAACAGCAGCACCGCUGCCACCACGCCGUCCAGGUUCCAGUAG